GCCUCUGCCGUCCCUCCCACCACCGCCCGCAUAGGUGGCCGCCACAGCCCCUCCCGCCAAGCACCCGCGCAGUGAUGGCGAUAGCAAGGUGCCGAGGCCUACAGGCAGCGGCGGCGGCGCCUCCACUCCAACGACGGAAGGAGCCCCCAAGGCACAGCCUCCUGCAGGUUGCAGCGGGCAGCGGCGGGCCGGAGCUUCCUCCUCCGCACGGGACAGGUGGCGCCUCUUCCCGAGGACCUAGCGGCGGAGCCUGACCCGGAGGUGAACGUGGCUGGUGGCUCCCUGAGGAACGGUGAUUUGUAAGUGCUCGAUCUAUGCAUUCUUGGUCUGUUCUUGAUCUAUUAGGACUUGAUCUGUUAGGGCUAGAUUUGUUAAUUCUUGAUAUGUUAGUUCUCGAUCUAAUAGUAAUUAGUUAGUACUAGUUGUAACAAUUGAUUAGUAGUGUGCUUGAUCCGUGAGACAUGGCAAUAGAAAUUUGUUCAUGUGCUGUUAGCUUUGCAGCUAGUACUAGUUGUGACAAUUGAUUAGUACCAUCCUUGAUGUGUGCUGCUGCAGGGAUGCCCCCGCCGGCCAAUAUAUACCAUCCUUAUCCGAGGUAGUAGUGUGAUGUUUUCAAAUAUAGAUUGGGGGCACAGAGCCUUCUAUGGCAUAUAAUACCAUGGAUUCCAAUUUCAGCAAUAGUCUAGAGGAUGCAAUUUGCUGUUAUGUUAUUUACUACUAUUGUGUUUGCUUGUUUGGAACUAUGAUUUCAGUUAUUUAUGACUUAUGAGACUAUUAUGUUUGCUUGUUUGGAACUAAGUUUUAAAAUUAUUUAUAAGACUGCAAGUUGCUGUAUGUUUUUAUUUCUAUUAAAAAAUUUGUAUCCGUAUCCGCGUAUUGGUGUUUUUCUUGAAAUAGCGUAUCCGUGUAUCCGAUACGUAUCGUAUCCGAUACACGUACCCGUAUCCGUGCAUCUUAGGCCAUAUCUGUCGGUCUGAGCAACCAAGGAAGAACUCCCACCUCCCCUCUUGUUUUCUCCACGGCAGCCUUUGGACGCGACCCAGCAUUCUGGCUGCUUAACCACCCCCACCAAUCACCUCCCGUGUCUAAGUGUCUUGUCUGAGACGAGCGCGGAAGGUUAUUCUAAGCACGGAAGGUUUAGGACAAACAACGCCUCGGCGAAAGCAGAAAUGGGACGAAUGCUUUUGGCUUACUUGCGAGAGAGAUUUAAGAUAUAGCAAGAGAAAAAGAAAAAAAAGUUUGGCGCGUAAUUUGGUAGGAAGGCGGUGUUGGGGAUUAGCGGCGAGUGGUUGCCUCCGUUCACCCACCAACCACCUCACCUCACCUCACUCUUCCGCCCACCCUACAAAUGCCGUACAAAACGCCAGGACGAGGCUCGGGCCUUCUUCCUCCCUGCGACCCAUCUUACCUCAGCCAGCCCUGUCCCUGGUCUCUGCGCAUCCGCUGGUGCACCGUUGGCGUUGGUGGUCUGUUCCGUUAACCCACCACCACCAGCCACCACCCCGCUCGCCAUCCACCAAACGCAAAUCCACACCGCACCAACCGAAUCGGGGGAGUAAACAAAGAGGCGGCAGGAUGGUGAUCGGACAUGCCGCCGGCAUGUGUGCGUGGGCAAAGGCAGCAGACGCGCUGGAGCUGCUCCCUCCAGUCCGGUGGCUGUGAGCACUGAGCAGUGACGCACGCGCGUCCCGGCGUCCAGGUCCGGAGGAUCACAGGAGCAGCCGAGCAGGACGAGCCGAGGUGCCAGCCCGUAGUGCUGCCCCGCCCUCUGUGCGCGCCUUUUGGGUGGGGCUCCUCAAAAGCAGAGGGGGGAGCAAGGUCGCGGCAGCAUCUAGCAGCGCGGCACGGCGAGUAGCGCGGAGCGGGGAGGCAGGGCAGGAAUCAUUCCGCUCGCGAGUCUGCCGCCCGCGCCGCUGCCCCCGCUUUCCGGAGCCGGGCGGCCCGGCGCAGCGCGCGCCUAUCCUCUCCGGCCGGCAUCGUCCUCCCACGCUGCCCGCGUCCGCGUCGUGCGCAUUGGGGCAUUUCUUCGUUUGGGUGGCGCUGUCGUCGCACCACCACCACCGCCGCCAGCCAGCCAGCCGCCUUUGCUGAUUGGUACGGGCGGGCGGGGCGCUAGCCAUUUUUUUUAAUUCCUGAGAUGCUUCCGCUGCUGCUUAUAUCCACGCUCCCGGCCUUCACGCUGCUCCUCGUCGCGCCCGCCACCAAGUCCGGCUGCAAGCUCGCGCGGGAGCUCGGCCUCCUCGCGCUGCUGCUCGCCACGGAGCUGCUGCGCCACGCCACCGCCGCGGGGAGGAGGCUGCGGGGCCGGGGGCGGGAGCCGGAGCGCGGCGCGAGGGCGAUGCCCGCUCCGCCCAGGCCGAGGCCGGCCGCAUUGGCGGCGCCGGGCGAGGAGGCAACGCCCGCCGCGGCGGGGCUCCCGCUGCUCGACCUCGCGGAGCUCGCGCUAGACCGCGUGCUGGAGGAGCUCUCGCCGGCCUCGCUCGCCGCGAUGGCGUGCGUGUGCGCCGCGCUCCGGGACCGGUGCUCCGCCGACGCGCUGUGGGAGCGCCACCUCCGCGCCAAGUGGGGGCGCGUGCUGGGCGCCACCGCGCGGAAGGAGUGGGAGGCGGAGCUCGGCGCCAGGGUCGCCCGCGCGAGCGCGCCGCGGCCGCCCCGACGCAGGACCUGGGUGGACUCGCUGGCCUGCGCGUGGCCCUUCUCCUGGAUCGCCUGCCGCUGGCUCAAGGGGGACGCCCCCACGGCACCGGCCGCCGUUGCCUCUGAGCCAGCGCCCGCGCCCUCGCCCGCCGCGGCACCGACGGACACGGUGGCCGCGUGGUACCGCGCGCUCGAGUGCGGCGAGUUCUGGUUCCCCGCGCAGGUGUACAACCGCGAGGACGGGCACGUCGGCUUCGUGCUCUCGUGCUACGACGCGCACCUCCGCUACGACCGGCGAACUGACACCUUCACGGCGAGGUACCCGCCGCACGGCCGGAAGCCGGCCAAGGAGGAGGCCGGCGUGCAGUGGGGCAGGAUCCGCGCGCCGCCGGUGGGCACGCCGGCGCACGAGCUGCACGCGUCGGACUGCCUGGAGGCGCUGCGCCCCGGCGACCACUUCGAGAUCCAGUGGCGCAAGAACAAGGACUUCCCAUACGGCUGGUGGUAUGGCGUCGUGGGUCACCAGGCACCGUGCAACCCGAACGAGCAUCUGUGUCGCUGCCACGAGGACGAUACGAUCGUCCUGGAGUUCCAGCACUACGCCCCCGGGUCGCGGUGGAGGCAGACCACCGUGAGCAGGAAGGAUCACAGGGAGACGGGGGACGAGACCGGCGGCUUCUACGGGGGCAUCAGGAAGCUGCAGACCAAGGACGAGAUCUCGACGUGGCGCCGAUUCUGGCCCGUGGACGUCCUCAACUGAUGGAGAUCGCAUUUGCAACGGGCCUGCGCGCCCGCGUCCCAAAAUUCCCCCAUGUACAGUUAUGGAGAGCUUUCAGCAUUCGUCUGAAAUAACUCUGAAGUCUGAACCUUUUUCUCGGGUCUGAAGGAUCUCUUUUUCCCUAGAGAUUUAUGGCGCAGGGCAUUCAAUCCGAUCAAGAUUGUUAGAAGAAGAAUAGGCCACGAACCGUGUACAGAUUUACCCAGUUUUCGACUUGCCUUUGUGCUGUCGCUGUAUCCUGGUUUCAUAUGCAAAGUAAUUCUUCAGAAAUGCUAUGGGAAGGAUCGCGAUUCGGCCUUUUUUU